AUGAAGGCCCUUUUGAGGGAAUCUUUGGCUUCAGUCAAGGCUCAGCGCUCACCCUGUCCUGAUUUCCACCAGCAGCAGACGGUCGGCAGCCCAGUCGCAGUCAAGUUUGCUUGCCUCUUUUCUACCGCCAUGCCAUGCAGCUCUGAUGCGAAUCUGGGCCACCGCAUCAUAUCGAAGCUGCGGGCAAAGGAGUAUGAUGUGACAGACAGAGCCGGGCCCGUAGGGAAAGACCUGACGAGCGAAGAGCGAGAAUUUGUCGAGAUACUUCAGCGAACAGUCGUCGACGCCGGCGCCAAAGAUCCCCAAUUCCCGUGGACUGAUAUGAAUAUAUAUCGUUAUGGAGCGCUGGACGUGAUUCCUCGCGUGAUGUAUUCGUCAGCGCUGGAACAAAAAAUACAAGUUCCAACCAUCCAUGUCUGGGGCCAAAAUGACUUUGAGUACAUGAUCCAAAUGGCGCAGCUUUCCAGGUCUCUAUGCGAUCAGUCUGUGUCCAAAACAGUAGUCCAUAGCGGGCUACACGACAUGCCAAAGAAACAAAGUGAGAUCAAAGCUGUACUUCGAGAAAUCAACUGGGCUUUAGCGCGGGCCUAG